AUGGAGCUGAGCCUGGAGAGCCUGGGGGGCCUGCACAGCGUGGCCCACGCGCAGGCGGGCGAGCUGCUGAGCCCGGGCCACGCGCGCUCGGCGGCGGCGCAGCACCGCGGCCUGGUGGCGCCCGGGCGCCCGGGCCUGGUGGCCGGCAUGGCGAGCCUGCUGGACGGCGGCGGCGGCGGCGGCAGUGGGGGCGCCGGGGGCGCGGGCGGCGCGGGCAGCGCGGGCGGCGGCGCGGACUUCCGCGGGGAACUGGCGGGCCCGCUGCACCCGGCAAUGGGCAUGGCCUGCGAGGCGCCGGGCCUGGGCGGCACCUACACGACGCUCACGCCCCUGCAGCACCUGCCGCCGCUCGCGGCCGUGGCCGACAAGUUCCACCAGCACGCGGCGGCCGCGGCCGUGGCCGGGGCGCACGGCGGCCAUCCCCACGCGCACCCGCACCCGGCGGCCGCGCCGCCCCCGCCACCCCCGCCGCAGCGUCUGGCGGCCAGCGUGAGCGGCAGCUUCACCCUCAUGCGCGACGAGCGGGCGGCGCUUGCCUCCGUGGGCCACCUCUACGGACCCUACGGCAAGGAGCUGCCCGCCAUGGGGUCGCCGCUGUCGCCGCUGCCCAACGCGCUGCCGCCCGCGCUGCACGGCGCCCCGCAGCCCCCGCCGCCGCCACCACCCCCGCCGCUGGCCGCCUACGGCCCGCCAGGCCACCUGGCUGGGGACAAGCUGCUGCCGCCCGCCGCCUUCGAGCCGCACGCCGCGCUGCUGGGACGCGCGGAGGACGCACUGGCCCGCGGGCUGCCCGGAGGCGGCGGCGGCACAGGCAGCGGCGGAGCGGGCAGCGGGAGCGCCGCGGGGCUGCUGGCGCCGCUGGGCGGGCUGGCGGCGGCCGGGGCGCACGGGCCGCAUGGGGGAGGCGGCGGCCCCGGCGGGAGCGGCGGCGGCCCCAGCGCGGGCGCAGCGGCCGAGGAGAUCAACACCAAGGAGGUGGCGCAGCGCAUCACGGCGGAGCUGAAGCGCUACAGCAUCCCGCAGGCAAUCUUCGCGCAGCGGAUCCUGUGUCGCUCUCAGGGCACGCUCUCCGACCUGCUGCGCAACCCCAAGCCGUGGAGCAAGCUCAAAUCCGGCCGCGAGACCUUCCGCAGGAUGUGGAAGUGGCUGCAGGAGCCAGAGUUCCAGCGCAUGUCGGCGCUGCGCUUGGCAGCCUGCAAGCGCAAGGAACAGGAGCAGCAGAAGGAGCGCGCCCUGCAGCCCAAGAAGCAGCGCCUGGUAUUCACCGACCUGCAGCGACGCACGCUGAUCGCCAUCUUCAAGGAGAACAAGCGGCCGUCCAAGGAGAUGCAGGUCACCAUCUCGCAGCAGCUCGGCUUGGAGCUCAACACCGUCAGCAACUUCUUCAUGAACGCGCGGCGCCGCUGCAUGAACCGCUGGGCUGAGGAGCCCAGCACGGCCCCCGGGGGCCCCGCCGGCGCCACGGCCACUUUCUCCAAGGCCUGAGGCGCCCCGGCCCCGCGCCCUCCCUGCCUCCACGGCCUGGGCGCUGUGCCCCCACGUCACCUCCCCACAUCCUGCCGGCCCGGAGACCCGCCCCCAGGGGGCACCUGGAGGGGGUGCUAUCCGGGCCCCCCACACCCGGGGAGGGGGAAGCAGCACACCCCCCAGCCCAAGUGCACAAAAAGGGCCCCCCUUCCU